CAAAGUUUUUUCUUCCAUGGGAGGACAUGUCAAAGGUGUUUCUACAAAACAGUGUCGGUGGCAGUACAUUUCCUGGCUGCCUAACCAUUAUGAAGGAUGGCCGUUCUAUAAAGCAGUGUUUCCCAAAGUUGGGGUCGGGAUCCAAAGUGGGGUCCCAAAACUUCAAGCUCAGCCAUCCAAAAAUUGGCACCCAGCUCCAAUGAUCCAGCUACAACCCACUCACCAGACUACUUCCGCCUCCGUCUUCAGCGGUGACGACACAGCCCCAACUCCAGCCGGGUCCAUGCCAGCGCCAACAGCUCCCCCUAGUGGGAGUCAGGUCGUAUCACCCCCUGUCGUUUCUGUACCUUCUCUUUCUUUACCCUCCUCAUCCCAACCCUCCCAUGUUGACCCUGUCGUUCAACCACAGGCCAGUCAGCCUCACCCAUCCCCUCCGUUCAUUCAUCCCUUCAUCCCUCUGUCUCUUUUUCUUCUCUCCCAUCUCUUUCUCAAACCUUUUCCUCUCCCCUCCCCUUUUCUAGCGAGCACAUUCAAGCUCAUCAUCCACCUCCUUCAUCCCUACCUUUACCAUCUGUAGCCCCGGCUCAACGAGCGGCCAUCUCG